AUGAAAGUCAUUGAGGAUGGUUCAGUGCAUCAGGUCCCCGUCCAAUUGUCACGGUACCUCCUGAAACCAUCUAUCAUUUGCCAUCCAAAAUCAACCAUUUUUUCAUCAACGGUUCAACAUCAAGAACAUGAGGAGAACUUCAGUCAACUUUCUUCUUUUGCUCUUUACUUUCAAAGGGACGAAUUGUGGGAGGAAAUGCACCUUUUGGAAAGACUUUUUUACAAAAAUAAGAAUCAACAUAAGCGGGCGAUUUAUUUCCGUAAGAUUGAAGAGGUGAGGAGAAUUGUCAAUAGGCUUAAGGAGAUGAAAAUUGGUAGUCUAUUGUCAGAAUUCGUUGAACUGUUUUAUGGUCAUGAUCAGUAA